AUGGCAACCUUCACAAAUCGUGGAUCACGGGACCAGUUACGCGAGUAUUGGAAGUGUCCAGCCUCAGCUGUUGGCUUCUUCAAUUGGAUUCUUGCCGGUGUGGGGACACUCGAAGUGCUGGCGUUUCGAGAGAACACGAAACGGAACAUGGAUUGGCAGGGCGUUUUGCUCAACGACAUUCUGGAAAAAAGUGGGAUUGAGAAGAAGAAGUAA